UGACGCACUUCCGUUCCUUUUAUAUUGUGGCUGGAGGUGACCGCGUAGUGGCGACCGUUUCUCCAAGAAGAAAUCUAAUUUCAUCGGGUUAAUUUCGUACAGAUAUUAAACUAAAGCAGUCACAAUGCCUCCCAAGUUUGACCCGAAUGAAGUCAAGAAAGUGUUCUUGAGAUGCGUCGGUGGUGAAGUCGGAGCAACCUCGUCUCUUGCUCCAAAAAUUGGUCCCCUCGGUUUGUCUCCCAAAAAAGUUGGUGACGACAUUGCCAAAGCUACGAGUGACUGGAAGGGUCUUAAAAUCACUGUGCAGUUGGUGAUUCAAAAUCGUCAGGCUACCAUUUCAGUUGUGCCCUCUGCAGCUUCGCUGAUCAUAAAAGCCCUGAAGGAACCACCUAGGGACCGCAAGAAGCAGAAGAAUAUCAAACACUCUGGAAACUUGAGUUUUGAUGACAUUAUUACCAUUGCACGGUCCAUGAGGCCAAGAUCAAUGUCACGUCAGUUGAGUGGUACAGUGAAAGAAAUAUUGGGUACCUGUCAGUCAGUUGGAUGCACAGUUGAUGGAUCAGACCCUCAUGAUUUGAUUAACGAAAUAAACGCUGGAAAUUUGGAAGUUCCAGAAGAAUGAUGACACUGUAAAGCGGUGACAAUAAAAAGAAAAUGAAAAACUCA